AUGAUGACAAGCAAGAUGGCGGCGCUGGAGGAGGAGAGAGGGAACGGGUUGAUGGCGCUGCUAGAGGAUGGAGACGGGGACGGCCGCGGCGGGUUGAUGGCGCUGCCGGAGGAGGUGUUGGAGCAGAUAUUCUGCUGUCCGUCGCUCGACCACCUGGACGUUGUCAGCAUCUGCCUGACGUGCAGGAAGCUGCAGGAGGUGUGUCAGGGCCGCAGCACCGUCUGGAAGCGCAGGUUCACGCAGAGGUGGCCAAGAAUGAUAAAAUACUACACUAUAUCAGGAAGCCAUAAUUGGUGGGAGGAAUACCGAACUCGACAUACUAUCGGCUGCAAAAUGAUGAAAAUUGUGGACAGCUUUUCAAAGCGAUUUUUCACAAAAGAGGUUCCUGUUGAAGGCUUUAAAGAUAUAGAGGCUUUAGAUGGAUCUUUCCAUUUUAUUGAAGAUGAAUUGUUGUCCAUCCUAAACGCGGAUGGCAGGAAGUACCUGACGAGGAAAUAUUAUUCUCGGAAGAUACUGUGCUUUCUGCGCCAGCAGAAAUUGAUGAAAACAUUGAAGGAGUUUCUCUCAUCUCCUCCAGAACAGAAAAAAUUAAUAGAAGGCGUUGUGCUCAUCGACCUGUACUGCAACCCUUUGGUGGACACCUCCCUGGAGAACAUCCUGCUGCAGCUGGACCAUAUUACGGAAGAGGUGAAAAAAGUAUUGCGUUUAACAAAAUCAUCUCAUCCAAGUAUAACGGCAGAAAGAGAUGGCACGUUUAUUGACUUUGAACUUCAACAACAGGCUCUGGAUGUUCUGAACUGUGUCUUAUACAAGCAACUGAAAUUUAAAGGGAAUGAAAAUGAUUAUUAUAACCCCAUGAAUUCCUACAUACACGAGGUGCUUAGACAAAAAAAAGGAAUUCCCAUCACUCUUUGUGUGGUAUAUUCAACGAUCGCCAUGAAUUUGGGUGUACGACUGGAGCCAGUCAGUUUCCCUGGUCACUUUCUCUUAAGAUGGUGCCAAAAACCUGAAGGGAGUGAUGAUAUGCUGGACUAUAUUUACAUCGAUGCUUUUGACAAAGGGAAACAAUGCACAGCAAAGGAAUGUGAGCAUUUGAUCGGUCAGAAAGUUGCAGCUAAUUUUUACAGUUCUGUUACUAUUAAGGAUGUGCUUUUCCGUAUGGUAACAAACCUAUUCCAUCUGGGAAGGAGAGAAGCCAGUGACCAGUCUUACCAAUUACUACGGAAUGCUCUUGAUUUGUAUCUUACUUUGGCUCCCGAUGAUGUUCAAUACUUGAUGCUUCAGGCCAGACUUUACUUCCAUCUGGGGAUCAAUCCAGAAAAGGUAUUGGACAUUCUUCAGCACAUACAGGCGGUGGAUCCCUUGCAGCAUGGUGUGGUGGGACACUUGGUUCAGCUGACCUUGCAGCAAAUUGCAUGCAAGGACCAAACAGCUGAACUUCAAGUGAAAAAGCAUACUGAGGAGAAGCACAAAAAAGUAGAGUUUUCAGUGGGACUCAUUAUGAAGCACAAAAGGUAUGGUUAUAACUGUGUAAUAUAUGGAUGGGAUCCUAAGUGUAUGAUGGGGUUGGACUGGAUGCGAACUAUGGGAGUUCAUAAUCUACCUCAUGGGCCUGAUCAGCCAUUCUACAAUGUCCUUGUUCAGGAUGGUUCAUGUAGAUAUGCUGCGCAAGAAAAUCUUCUUUAUAAUUCAUCGCCAAUGCAAAUAGGCCAUCAGGAAGUUGGUCGUUACUUCUCAGAAUUUUGUGGGACGCACUUUGUUGCAAAUGAGGAAUUGCAGACCCAGUACCCAGAAGACUUGGUGUUGAUAUCCCAGCUUGUGAUGAAGGUCUAUGACCAUCCCUGAGUGAGUUUUCUAUUGUUUUGGAAAUAAAUGCAGAAUGCAAUGAAUGUGUCUAACAAUCAGGACAAACCAAGAGAAUUUUGCUAAUAUAAGUUUGGAAAUCUCAGGACAUCAUGUGCAUCAUAUAUAAAUGUAAUUUCAUGCACCUUAUUCAUUUAGAGAAUCCACGUGUAUAUUUUUUUAAAACGAUGAAAAUGUUCAAGUGUAAACUUUGUGUUGCUAUAUAUCAGGUACAUUUGUUUUUGAAUACUCUAUUGUAUAAUUCA